CUCGGGUCCACGUGUAACCGCCAAUAGCAGCUCGGAGGACGGAGCUUCCCGCGCCACCGUCCGCCCCGGGGGGAGUAUUUAGAGGCCGGAGCCCGGAGAGGAGCAGGAGAGGAGGCGACAGGUGCACCAGGCAUGACCGGCUCCCAGUGCUCCCACUGCCCGCACACAGGGAAGGAAACUCAGCCAUGAUCGCUGGAGAUUCGUCUGGAAACCUCGAGAUGAAUGGGACGAUAUGAGGGAAAUGUUCAGAGACUUUGUGGGGAAGAGGAGGAACUACCCCUUCAAGGGACAAAACGACGCUUGUAACGUUUCAUACAAACGUUUCAAGACGUGGAUCCACUUCCACAGGAGCAGCACCGAGGCUCCUGCUGUGAGUACACCUCUGACCACUGGGCGGCAGCAGAGGGAGCGAUGCUUUGAGUUGGACACGGUGUGUCAGAGGCUGGAGCUGGACUCUCCGCCCACACACCAUGAAGCAGCACGCAGAGGCCUGCAGGGGGCGCUGCGAGAGACAACACUGGAGGGACGUUUGUCUGUUAUACCGCUGAACAUUUCACACACCAUCAGUGCCAGGGGACGACCUGCAACACAAAAUGUCCCACAACAGGGAUGGAUGUGGAGAGCAGCAGUGGAAGAACCUGUCAGCACACAACAGACUGGCGCUGAUGUGAGAAGAUGUAGUUUGCAGCCCUUCACAGUUCUGGACAAAGCUCCAGACGGUCCGCAGGGAACACCAGUGAUGAAGUUGGCAGCUCCGUCGCUUCUGAAUGACUAUUACACGAACGUUCUCGACUGCAGUUGUAAUGGCGUGGUUGCAUUAGCCCUGGGCUGUUCUGUUUACCUCUGGAAUUCAGAAACCAGAGUUCUGGUGGGAAAUCUGGAGCAGAGUCUACCAACUGGACACCAUCAGUCCGUCUCGUCUCUGUGCUGGAGCAGAGACGGCAGAGCUCUGUGCAUUGGGACCAGACGAGGUGAUGUGCAGCUGUGGGAUGUUGAAACGAAGCAGAUUAUGAGACGUAUGACAUCACACCUGUCUGUGGUCAGAGCGCUUUCCUGGAAACAGCAGUUACUGAGCAGCGGCUCAGUUCUCGGACAUAUCCAUCACCUUGACCCCCGGGCUCCUGUGCCUCUGGUUGGUGCAGCUCUGCAGGACGAGGGGAUCUGCAGCCUUCAGUGGUCACCAGGAGACGACUGGCUGGCCAGCGGCUCCGCAGACGGCCUCCUCCAUAUAUGGGACGGGGACAUUGCAGGACUCACAAGGACAAAACAGCCGGUGACGACCAUGAAACAGCCCAGUGCUGUUAAGGCGAUGGGAUGGUGUCCAUGGCGAGAAAAGAUAAUCGCUACAGGUGGAGGAUGGAAAGACGGAAAGCUGAGAAUCUGGGACACACAAUCAGGGACUUGCGUGAAUUCUGCCAACACCAACUCGCAGUUGCAGAUCUGUUCUCUACAAUGGGCUGAAAAGAAGAAGUGUCUCGUCACAGGUCACGGCCUUCCUCAUCACCAAGUCACCUGCUGGAGCUGGGGGUUCACUUCCCUCAACCCGGUGUAUCAGCUCACAGGUCAUUCUCAUCGAGUCCUGCACUUGGCCUCAAACCCCAACAGCACUCAGAUUUUCUCUGCUGCAGCGGAUCAGUGCUUCCACAUCUGGGACCUUCCAUCAUCACUCAACACGGAUGGUGACUGUUGUUAGGUCAGAGCUGUUUUAAAACUUGUGUUCACAUACACACAUGAUUUCUAGGUAGUACCACUGUCUGGAGACUGCACACUUCCUGUCCCCCUGCUCUGAAAUAACCACAUUGCCGAACCAGUUUUCUUUCAAGUCAAAUGUGUUGUUAAGCUAAGAUAAGACGGGAGGGGUUCUGUGGCUCUUUCAGUUGUAAAAAAAGUUUUUGUGUAGCUAUUUACUUUACGCUGUUGAGAGAGCAUGAAACAAUAACAUAUUAAAACAGCAUAAAAAGGAAAGUUGCAUUUAUACAAUUCUUCAUUAAAAUGUCCAAAAAAAAGACUGGACACGUGUUUUAUAUUAUGCUGACUUGUGUAUUUACAUUAUUCAAAAUGCUUCCAACAAUGUUAAAACCCAGAGAAAUCCACAAUCUUAUUAAAGGUACAAUACAUUUUGUAUGGUCAGAACAGUAUCUGCGAGUGGAGUGUUCAAAGUCACCUAUGUUCUUUGCACUGGAAUCUUAUGCACAGGCGUGGGUUUUACAUGCUGAAUAAACACCAUAAAAGUGACACUGCUAUCCAGUGAGCCAGUCUGCUUUUGUUUUCUUCCUUUCCUUGCAUCGUGGUUCAUUGUGUUGAAAGAUGUCUCACUCGAAACGUGUCAUGUCUGACUUGAGUGAACACUUUGUGCCUGUUGUUGACAAAGUGGUGAAGACUUCCUCUGAAGACCCUGAGUGAUAUGUCUUUAAACUGAAGUGUGAAGGACAUAGAGCAACGUGAGGUUUAGAUUCUGUCACCUCAGACAUCUGUUUCUCCGACUGCACCAAACCACUCUUCAUCAAUACACACACAGACAAGAUUCAAGAUUCAAGAUGUUUAUUUCAUGUUCACACAGUCACUGUGCAAUGCAAACCUUCAGAAAACAGAAUUGUGAAUUCGGAAACUGAAACGAGUUUUCUUGCUGCAAAUGACUCAACUGCACUGCCACUCAGGAUGUUUGGUGUUUGUUGUUAAUGUCUUCCAGGGGUUCCCAAUCCUUCAGCCCCCAAACAUGAAAAUAACGCUGCCAGAGACUUAUGACCCCAACUCAUCCCUUAGGUGUUUGAAGUAUAAAACUGAUAUUGAUUUGAAAAAACAUACCUAUACUGU